AAGUACCAACGCAUGUUGCACCCAAACCCGACCAUCCAACCUUACCAUACUCCAAGGCAUAAGUGACAUACCAUCUGGUAUCUUUCCAUGUUAAAAAGCUAACAGCCUAUACUAAUCAGAAACGAUGUUGUGUUCUUCACACCAGAUAGGUGUUCACGGGAGUAUGCCCACGAGGGAUGAAGUUUAAAAAGUAUGUAUGUUUUAACUUUAUAUAACUUUUUGCAGAGAAUUCUCAUAGCACUGAUAUUGGCUACGACCGCAGCGUGCCAACGAGCAACUGAAAGCGUCGAAGAUGUUGAAAAUGUUAUCACAGAUCCAUCCCAAAAUACCACAACACUCUACCCUGUCUCCAACACAACAGCUAAUUUAACUGUCAAUGAUGACAACCCCCAACCCCAACAGACGGAAAAAUCAAAAAACAGUGAUGUUGCUCUAUGGAAAAUUGAUACGGCAUAUGGCGAAUCUGAUGGUGACAAAAAAGAAGAGAACAGCAAAGAGUCUGGUGAAGCUAACACAACGGUUGCUGCUGGUAAAGAGUUUAAACCCAGCCCACACUUGGGGACCAUCAUAGAGGAGGACAAUUUUUAUGUAACGCCUACAAAAGCAACAUUUGGUGAUUUCAAGCCAUUGAAGAAGCCGCCCACGGGAUUCUUAAGUUUUUCUAAAGAUCAAUUCAAGAGUAAUCUUCACCAUCAAGACCUAUACAGACAACAUAAUGGCUUCCCUUACAAGAUCCAGAGCAGUGGGUUCAACAAAGUUAAAGACAAUUGGCGACCUUUCGACUUGGAAUCAAAGCCUACAGUAGAGGCACCGAUGAAGUUACCCGCUGGUGGGCUGUACCGCUCCCCGGACGCCUUCAAAGAGAAGCCUGCAACGUCAGACGACGACUUCGGCCUCGACUUCAACGACCUUAAAGAAAAUAAGCAUGUCAGGAAACGAAUGAAUCCCUGGAAGAACUUACUGCACCUGGUGACGUCACUAAUCCCGGUGGGACUCAUCGUGUCCGCACUCACGCCCAGCAUCAUCACCGUGCACCCCGCCGACCCCGCCAACCAGUACUCUUCUUUCCGGAGGUCGGAUGCUGGUAUCGACGAGCUGGCGCCUAUCAGUGAGGCGUGCCGACGCCGCCUUCUGUGCGAACUUCAUUCAAACACCAACUACAUGGUCAUCCAGACAGGAAGGCGGAAGGCUCGUCAGUGCUUCAAGAUCCGUUGUGAGGACCCACAAGCUCUCUCCAAGAUGCUGCAAUGGCUCCUGUCCCAGCAUCAAUCCACCGGAAGAGGGCAACACCUUACUUAGCACACUUGAUAACGAUAAAAUUUUAAAAAAAGUUUAUUGAAUUAAAAUAAAAAUUAUAUACGAGUA